CUUCACUUCUGGGACCUUCUACAAGCUGCCAACUUUAGUCUGCAAACUUUGACAGUAACCCCCCACCAGGAGUGACAGCUCAGUCCCUAUGUCACCUCUUAAAGUCAGGACUUUGGGAAGUCCUUGUUGAUCUCCAGGACAUGAGCACUCGCAAGAGAACAGGCACCUGGCAGGACGAAGUAGCUAGGGGCUUCUCCAGACUCUUUUCCAGGACAUCAUCCCAGGAGAAGGAGGAGGAAGGGGCCAAAGACCAAGCUGAGGAGCAGGACAGGAGUGACAGGAGCUUGUCCAGGCUUUUCUUCAGGAGUUCAUCCCAGGAAAAGAAGGAUGGAAGUGACAGGACAGAACAUGGAGAGGAGCAGGAGAGAAGUCACAGCCCCUCCAGGCUCUUCUUCAGGAAGAUAACCCAGGAGAGCAAGGGGAGCAGUGACCAUGCCUCCUCCUCCAAGGGCAAUAGAGAGGAGCAGGACAGGUCCAGGGGCUUCUCCAGACUCUUCAGCAGGACCUCCUCUCAGGAGGAGGAAGGGGACAGCUCCAGGGGUGCAACUGAGGACCACAACAGACAUGAAGACAAUCACAGUAAUCUCACAUCAGACAACCAUGAAGAGCUUAUAUCCACUGAACCUGAACAGGUUACACUGGAACCCAAUUUCGUACCUAUACUACAUAACAUUUCAGAACCUGGGGAGGAAAAGGAUGAAGAAUUGACUCAUAAUUCCAAAGUACUUGACAGUGAGAAACAAUCCAGGGAGAACUUUUUUCAUUUUUUAGGGAGCCUUUUUCAUUUCUCGCCAAAGUCGCCUCUGGGAAAUUCCAAACCGGGUGCUGAUGUCAAAGAGCCUUGCAAGGAACCUGAAGAAGCACAAGUUAAAAAUAACCUGGAUAAAGAGGACAUAAGUCAGGAAUCGAGGCUAGAUGAUCACAGUGGAAUCGAAGAGGCUUCAGAGCAAAGCACAACAUGGCAUGAGCAAGAAAACCCUGGGGUCAGUGGAGAUGAAACCCCCAAAGAUGAAGCCCCCGACACUCUAAUACUAAAUGGACAUGCCCAGGAUGCCCCCUCAAUAACAUAUGGCACCUACCGAGGAUCUAGGAGGAUUAGAAAGCUUCUGAAGAGACGUCCCGAUGUAAAUUCCCCAAUUCUAGAAAAAGAAGAGACCCCCGAAACCUCUUCUGUUGGAGAUGCUACUACAGAAAGUUGUCUGAUGUUACAUCAGAGCGUACAAAUGGAACUAGUCCCAGGUCAAAAUUACCAGGAUGAAAUUCCUUCUUCAAAGAUUAAUAUAAAUAUAGAAUCAAAACAUGAACCCCCUUACCAAAAUCCAAAACUGUAUAAUGAUGACAAUUUAACCCAAAAAGCAGAGGACUUAAAACUUUCAAGUGAUCCAGAAAUAGAAGUUAAAGACAGUCUAAUAGGCUCAAAUAUUGUAGAUGUUGAUAUUGAGAAGAGCUCAGAAAUAGUAGAGGGACAACAACCAAACAUUGAUAAAUUUGUAAUAGAGGUCCCACAACUAAAUUUUAAAGAAUCCUCAGAAAGUUUACUGCCAAACACUAGAGAAAGCAUAGAGGAAUUACAACAUAUUGUUGGAGAAAGCUUAAAUAUAAAUUUUUCAUGUCAUAGCCAAAAUUCGAAGAACUUAGAGCCAAAUAAUAAUGAACGGGCUACAGAUGCUGAACCAAAGACAGUGGACAUUUUAGAUUCUGUUACACAUGUGCAACCAAAUACCAAUGAGGUCUCAAAGCAGCCAGAAGAUCUUCAGCCAAAUUAUAAAGAGAGUAUAAGCUUUCCAGAAAUUCUGCAAGCAAGUAUUGAUUACGAUUCAAAGAGUGAUACGGACCUAUGUCCAGAGGUAGAGGGAAACGUCAACAUAUUACCUAAUACAGAAGAAAAUAUAGAGCAUGUGAAUGCAAAUACUGCCAUUUCAAGUUUUAAAACAUAUGAGACCUUUUCGGCAAUGGAUGGAAAUUUACAGUCCGAAGCCAAAGAUGCAUUAAUGAGAACAAAAGAAUUAGAAGAAAGUUCUAAAGAAAAAAAAAACUUUCCAGUUGAUUUGGGCAUUUGUGUAACUGUCAACACGCAAAGUGCAUUACAACAGUCUGAUCCAAAGGUAGUUCUGGUUUCAGAGGAAAAUAGUCAGCAAGCAGUUGAAGUCAAUUCUCAUUUUGAAGAGAAACCACUCAAAGAUUUUUGUGACAGUUCACACAUAGCUACACACAAUAAUACAGACAAGUCAAGUGACAAAAACUAUGAAGACUUUGCCUCACCAACUUCUGAUUGUUUGCAAGCUUCUGUAGAAAGAAAGUCUAACAUUAUAGAUUUCCAGUCAAAUGCACUGUUGGUCUCAAGCAAUACAGUAGAUGUAGUAGCUAGUAGAAUGGAUAAAUUAAUAAUGGAGGAACAACUACAAUUUCAGGGAGAGGAAGACUCAAAACUACCAAACCGAGAGAUCAACUGUACAUCUGUUGGUAAAAUUCUGUCAGAAUCAAAAGACACUCCAGAUUUACAUUUAACACCGAGUGAGACUUUUGGAACAUCUAAAGAUCUGCAACAAGAAAAUGGUCUACAAAAUGGUAAGGUAUUUCUACAGACUGAGCCUCAGCCAAAUAUUAAAGAAAUGUCCAAUAUAUUUUCAGGAAAACAAUUAGAAUCAGAAGAUGUCCCAAAUGUAGAUCUACAGCUCAAUGACACUUUUAGAAAUUCUGAAGAUCUGAAACAAGCUGAACAUAUAGAACAUCCACAGACCAAUGCAGAAAGUAAUCUACAAAAUUAUGAACAAUUAGAUAAGACUGAGCAACAGCCAAAUAGUAUUAAAGUAUUCUUCCAAUCAAAUGAUUUGAGCAAUUCAUUUUUAGAAAAAACCCUGUCAGAGUCAAAAGGCAUCCCGCAUUUAGAUUUGCACCUUAGUGCGACAUCCAUGACUUCUAAAGAUCUGAAAGAAAUUGUUAAUAUAGAACAUUUACAGGCAAAUGCUAAAAUUCCGGAAAAUAAUCUACAAAAUAAUGAAGAUUUGCCAAAGACUGAGCAACAGCCAAAUAUCAAAAUGUCCUCCCAGUUAAAAGAUACAUAUUUAGUAAAAACUCCAUUAGAGUCAAAAGACAUCUCCGAUUUAGAUUUGCAGAGUGGGAUGUCCAGAACUUCUAAAGAUCUGAAACAAAUUGUUAAUAUAGAACAUUUACAGACAAAUGGCGAGACUAUUCCAGACCUUUAUCCACAGAAAGAUGGAAAAUUGCUGCAGUCCACUUCUGAAGUAACUUUCCAGUUAACGGAAAGUUCUAGUGAAUCAUCAGAUGGUAUAGUAGCAGAAGUGGAAGAAACAUCAGAGGUCAAUUUGUGUCUCGAUCCAAAUUCCGAGAUUAGUAUUCCCAAAAUUAGCAGUGACGCUUUGGUCCACAAAGUAUACAAAUCUCUGAGUGGUGAGGGGUUACCAGAGAGUAGCCAUAGGAAGGGUUUGGACAAUGAGAAUAAUGCUCAUGUUGACAAACCUGAUGGAGCAAAGGAGGAACAAAACAUAAAAUCUGCAAUUUUUUAUGAUACUCUUGAUAACAUGACUGUUCCACAAAGCUGUGUGAAUGAUAUUUCAUCCUUUCGUGAUCACGGAGCAGUAACAUCCAGGAAUAUUUCUUUUGAUAAUGGCAUCGAGUGUCGCUCUCCGUCUCCGCCAACAAUGUCAGACUCUUCAUCAUACGCCGACUGCAGUGAUGUUCAGUUUGAUAGUCCAAAUGAUUCGGGCAUUGUGUCAUUACAAGCUUAUACACCAGAUGAACACUUCCUAUUUAAGACUCUUCCCUCUGAAAUACUCAUUAAAAAUACUCCUGAAACACUUGAAGUUGACCAAAAAAGUGAAGAAGCUUCAGUGCAAAAACUUGAUAUUAGUGUCAAUGUACCAAAUGUACCAGUACUGCAAAAUAAAGAACCAGUAAUAAACAUGCAUAAUGUUUCUGAAGAAGAGCCCAAAUCUCUUGCAGAUGGAUGUGCACCUAACUUAGCCAGUAAUGUCUCAAGUAACAUUUUGACUCCAGAUAAGCAGAUCAACUUGAAAUCAGAUGUUUGCUUAGCUAAGGUGUCUUUGAAAACCGUAAACAUUGAAGAAGUCAAAAUAUCACCCUAUGUUUUGUGUUCUGACAUCAUAUCUGUGGCUAAACUUGAAAGCCCAACUUUUACUAAAGAAGUUAUUUGUAUACCAAAUGUGUCACCUACCCCAACAGACAUAGAAAAUAUAUUUCAGGUUUUCCAUUCUGUUGAAAAUGAUAAGGACUUUGUUACAAACAGACAGAUACCCAAUGAUAAGGGGGGAUAUCUUGCUAUAAAUAAUUGUGAAAAACAUCUGGAAAAUUGUUAUUUGGAAACUGAUGGAUUGCCUUUAUUGAAAAAGGACAAAAUUGUAGAUUCCGAUAAUAAUGACAAUAGCGACAGUAUUUCACAAAAUAGAUGUAUUGAAAAUCAAUCCCUAAAAAUAACAAAUAAAUCACCAGAUGUGUUAAAACAAAAUUUAAAAAAUAACAAUAUGAAUGUCAGCACAAGUGACAUCAUAAAUACUACCCUCCAGGUACAUAAAUCUGAAAAAUUGGCAAAUGAGACCUUGAUGUCUAGUGAGUCAUUGAAGGAACUUGGUGGAUCACUUUCAGAAUUAAAUCCAGAUUUACUGCUACAUUCAUCAUUACUUCAUGAUGUUACCGACACAAAAGAAAUAAUCUCUUCAGGUUCUACAACAGAAAAAAUGAUCCCAGCAAACAAACAACAUUUGGAGUCAUCUGACGAAUUGUUUGAACAAAAAGCCAAUGAGAUUAUACUCAGCGUGUUGCAUUCUGCCAUUGAUGAACUUCAUCAUAUCAAUAUAAUGUCCAUUAAUAACAACACCCUAACAGAUAUAAAACACAUAAAGGAGAAUCUAAGUGAGAACCAGAGAAAUCUAGAAGACCGUCCUGCAAAAGUACUAGUUGAGUGCCAAGGGAAACCUUCUGACCGUAUAGUCAUUGGAGACACAGAUCUCAUUAUGUCCAUGGCAGUGGGAAUAGUAAAUGAAGUUCUAUCUUCUUCUAAACAGCUUGUGGUUUCUAGUAUCAUUCCAGAUGCCUUAAGUAAAGACAUUACCACAAAUAAAGAUACUAAGCAAAAACCACCAAGGGAUUUUAAUGAUUUAUCUUUGGAUAAUCAGAGUGAUAAAGCUGAGGAUGCAACAAACUCGAACCAUCUUCUUUCUCCACCGAACUAUGACAACGUAGUCCAUCUUCCUUCUUUUGAAAUUAAUUCUAAUGUUCUUCACGUAGAAACUGGAGCAGCUCAAAAUGGUGAAUCUUUACAGUUAAUGGAACCUAAGUCUUUAACUGAGAAAGGUUCAUUAGUCACUGAAGAGGUUUGUGAAAAUGGUACGGAUAGGACUAUAGAAAACAGUGUUUUAACAAAGACAGAAAAUGAAGAACCUCUCAACUUUUCUAGAGACUCAGUUAAAGCAGAUACAGACAACUUAAUGAAUGAAAAUUAUAACAAUAAAGAUGUUGCUCUGGAUGACAUGUAUUGUGCCAGACAAAUGGAAUCUAUAUCUUUCGGGACUGAGGGAUCGAUGGAAGACUUCAUUUAUAAUCACAUACGUGAAGAAACCAGCAACACUUCAGAGUUCUCAGACUUACUACAGUUUUCAGUGUAUAAUAGCCGCUAUGUUGAAAUAAGUGAAAGUGAUGAUGAGUCAACAGAUGAGGAAAAGGAUAAUAGCAGUGAACAAGCCUCCGGCAAUGAUUCAUUUCUCUCGGUGCAGUCAAGACGUGUCAGGAUUUAUCCUUUUUCUCUGUCACCAAUAUAUGAAGAUGAUAGUGCUUGUGAGGACACCUUGUCCAACAGCAGUUCACCAAGAUUUAAUGAGGGAGCAAUGUCAAGUAACAGUGGUCAUGACCACACGUCCAUCUUAUCUCUGUUGCAGUCUGUGUCCGAUCGCUUGAAAGAGUCUGACUUGGCGGAGACAUCCCACAAAGAAAGAUUUUUAACUCUUAAUAAUGAAGUAUACAUUGGCAAUGACAAGGUUAAUAAUGAGGGAUCAGGGGAACCCGAAGACACCAUCUCCCCUUCAAAGACAAGCCUUGAUGGACCUUCAACUCUUGAAGAAGAAAAAGCCUCUUUAGGGAAAAGGUCUGGAUUAUUCAUAACAAAAUCAUUAGCAGACAAGCCCAAUCCAAUUGCAGGACGCCAUUCCUUUCUUCUAAAUUUGACAUCACACUCUAACAUCUAUGGAGCGAAACCCAAUGUAGAAAGCAAUCCUGUCCCAUCUGUUAUGAGUGAAACAUUUGUGUCACCGAUACCCAGAUCCAAUCCAGAUCUAAGCCCGGAUGUUUCUCCAAGUAUGGCUGCCAUGAAUUUACUUUCUCCAGAACCUGUCCUGCCCAUUCAAAGGUCUACUCUAGAGGACAAGCCACGUAUGUCUUCUAAUAGUGUUUUCUAUCAGUAUUUUAAUUCUGCUCGAAACUAUGUAUCCGAUGCAGAGGAUAAGGAAAGCCCUCAUGAAAAACUGGAAGAAUCAAAGAAAACAGCAGAACUUGAUAUGGAUCUAGCUGAUUUGGACCCUUUGAAGUUCAACCCAAGGCCAGGAAAGGUGAUCCUUACUGACAUAAUAGAUCUGGAGAACAAGAUUGAGCUUAAGGCUGACAUUUUGGAUGCCACAUCUUGGUCGUUUCCUAAUGGAGUAAACAUUCGGGUCAUCAGAGGAUGCUGGAUUCUAUAUGAAAACCCACAUUUCGAAGGUCAAGCACAUGUCCUUGAAGAAGGGGAAGCUGUGUUACGGCACCUUUGGGACCUUCCAGGAGCCGAUGCUAAGCUGGAGAAAAUCACCAUAGGCUCAGUGAAGAGAGUAGUGAAGGAUUAUCUUCCGGAGGUUGUUAUAUCCUCCCUGCAGGAUGUGUCUGACUCUCCUAUAUACAUACGUACAGAAGUGCCCUCAUUGGAAAAUUUAGUUGGCAAACACCCCCGUUCCAUUGCAGUUAAUUCAGGAGUAUGGCUGGCAUACACAGAACUUCAAUAUAGUGGAACAGUCACCGUGUUGGAAGAAGGCUGCGAGCUGCCCCUCAUUCAGGACAGUGGCUUAAAAUCUAUGCGGCCCUUAAAAAUGGGAGGAUUAAAAGUACAGCUGCCCAGUGAUCCGAAGAUAAUUCUAUACGAGAAACCGCACUUCCAGGGGUGGUCAGGAGAGAUUACAGAGCACGUCAGCAGCCUGCGGACCCUCGCCUGUGAUGGGGAUAACAGCGGGGGUCGUGAUAUUGGCUCCAUACAAGUCACUGGUGGAAUAUGGGUUGGGUAUGAAAAUGAGAGAUAUAAAGGACAUCAGUAUCUCCUAGAAGAGGGGGAUUAUGAAGACUGGCAUGCUUGGGGUGGAUAUAACAAUAUCUUUCAGUCAAUACGAUAUCUCCAGGCGGACUUUUUAGAAUCAUCUGUCACCUUGUACGAAACCGAGGACGAAGAUGGCAAACAACUAAAUCUUUUCAAUCAAGCAAUUCCUGAUCUGGAACUGGUGGGAUACAGCCAAAGAAUGCAGGGUAUCCAUGUGAAAAAGGGAGUGUGGGUGGCGUACCAGCAGAAGCAUUUCUGUGGAGAACAAUAUAUACUGGAAAAAGGCAGAUACAAAACAUAUCUAGACUGGGGAGGCAGCAACAAUACAAUCUUGUCUAUUAGACCAGUUCUUCUGGAACCACUCGGACGGAAUGACAUGAAACAUUUGAUUAAAGCUUAUACAAGUGCCGAAUUCCAGGGAGAGACUAUGGAUUUCACACAGGGCGUAUCCGACUUUACAUCCUUUUUGCCCAUGUCUUUCAAGGUCUUAAGAGGAUGCUGGCUGCUGUGCUACAAAGCUGACACUUGUGACAAUCUGUGUGUGUUAGAAGAGGGGCUUUUUCCAGACUUGGCUUCAUGUGGAUGCCCUACAGCUGAGAUCAAAUACAUCAAGCCAAUAGAUUAUGUCUUUGCCGAACCUUCAAUAAGUCUCUUUGCCCUGGACUCGUGUGAAGGAAGACAAUUGCACUUUGAAGAGGCUGUAACCUCAAUCCUUAACAAGGACCUUCACUUUUAUGUCCAAUCUGUAUGGGUCAGGGGAGGACUAUGGAUUGCAUUUGAAGGCGCCAAUUUUCUCGGAAGACAAAUGCUACUGGAUCCUCAGCAAAUUCUUAACUGGUCACAGUUCAGUGGGUGGAAAGCUAUUGGGUCCUUACGUCCUCUCAAACAGCCUUCAGUAUAUUUUAUGGUUAGGAACAGGGACAACGAUAAGUACCUGACCGUCAGCGGGAAACUAGCAGAUUCAAGAGCAACAUUUGUCACUAUAUCGCCAAGGAACGGGCAGAACACACAGAUCUGGUACUUCUGCAGAGGAUUCCUAAAGUCCAAGGCAAAUGAUUUAUGUUUGGAUGUCAUCGGAGGCAAAAAUAUCCCAGGGUCAAAGGUGUCAUUGUGGGCAGAACAUGGAAAAACACGACAGAAGUGGAAGGUCAAUAAGGACGGGACGAUUUCUUCACAUAUAAGUGAUGACCUCGUUCUUGAUCUCAGAGGUGGAAAUUACUACGAUCAUAACUAUACAGUGGUCAACAAGUUCCAAGAAAAUGUUCUGACGCAGAAAUGGGACAUUGAGAUACUAUGACACUUCCAAGAAAAAAAAACGCUCAAAAUGGCGUCUGUGCAUCCUUCCAGUCCUGCUGUGGAAUAUGGAAACUACUGAAGUCAUGUCACUGGAUUGCUGCUCUGCACAUAUGCCUGGCCGGUGGCCAAGAAAGCAUGGCUCAUGUUCUUCAGAAGAUUGGUUUUCCAUCUGCUCCGAGCCCCUCUGAGCUUGGUGGCACCAGGAAAAAACUGAAAACAGACUUUGGUCUUGUGCCAUCGAAUGGGGAACAUAUGAACACUUGUGUCUGGAAAAUGUUUCCAUUACCUCUGUCACUCUGGACUGAACUAUCUCCAAGUUUAUAUACAGGACUGUACCGUCCCCUGUUCCUGAACUUUGUUUAUAAGCUACAUCUAGGCACAUUCAUAACUGGAGUCUAUGGAGUCUAGUCUUCACUCCAUACUUGGUAUCUCUUAACUGGCUAUAGCACAAGCACUUGACAAGAUUGGUCGAGUUUAUGGCAUCUUAAGGUGUGGAAAUACAUAACAUUUCUAGCAAACCUACCUGCACAAAAAAGCAGGUUUAUAAAUUAGGGUAGGCAAUUUUGACCGCAGCAUUGGUCAGGUGACCAAAAAUUGCUUUGUCGUACCGUAUAGCAUUAAUGCAUUUCUUGUGACUGUCAGGUGAAAGACGCUUGUGGUUUAUAAGAGGACCCUGUUCAGUUACCUUAGCCCCAACACAAGUGCGAUUACUGGUUGCAUGACCCCGGUUGCGGCAAGAAUUGCUGCGUAGCGCCAGCCUUAGUUGACAGCACAAGCACUGCUAUAUCUGUACAUUUCUCUGGGUAUGUAAAUACACUCUAGGUCUGUUGCACAGUAUAUGAUAUAUAAUCUACAUUUAAGUAUGGCGUAGACAUGCAAGAUAAAUGGCACAUGAAGUGAUCUAUACGUCACACCUCCCUAGAAAUUGGGAAUUUGAGGGGAGAUUCAUCAAAACCUGUGCAGAGAAAAAUUCAAAUUUUUUGCUGGGAGUUGUAGUCUUGCAACAGCUGGAGGCACCCUGGUUGGAAAACACUAUUGAUUAUCUUAUCUAUCUGGUUUAAUAGAAGAUUCUGUUGUAGUUGUAGAUUAGGGAUCGACCGAUUAUCGGUUUGGCCGAUACAAUCGGAUGAUAUUCACGAUUUUGGACGUUAUCGGUAUCGGCAAUUACCGAAAUAUUGGUAUAAAUUAUCAGCUAUCGGCCCGAAAGGCCACAGAUUAUCGGUAUCGGCCGAUCCCUACUUUAGAUUAUUAUCUCUAGCUGGUUUAAUAGAAGAUUCUUACAGAGUAGUG